AUGUUUCCUGAAGGUUACUUUUACAUAUUAUCUCGAAAGCAUGGCUUCGCAUUAGACGUCUAUGACGGACAAACGACGGAAGGUGCUAAUAUAAUUGUAUGGCCACAAAAGUUCCAAGACAGCGAUAACCAAUUAUGGUCUUUUGUUAAUGGACGCUUAAUAAAUAAGAAAUCAGGACAUGCACUUGACAUUAGUUCCAGCGCUUUCAAGAAGGAUAAAACAAUUGUUCAGAAGAAGGUCAAAGCGAGUAAACAGUCUCAAGAGUGGGUCUAUGACCAAGGAUUUAUUUGCUCCAAAGAAUAUCCUACACUUGUUUUGGAUAUUAGGGGAGAUAGCGCAAAAGGAGGAGCACAGAUAUUGUUAUACAAGCGCAAAGAAUCUGAUAAUUUGAAUCAACAAUGGCACUUUGAGCCUUAUCAACAGUUUGAACAUGCAUUGAAUAUAGCGACCACCAGUUUGCCUUUGCACAAAAAGGAGGGAUUUGGUAUACCUACACUUGGAUAUGGUGCGGAAGUAGGCGCACCUCCCGAGCUUACAAAGCUUCCAGAUGAUAUUAAAGUGGCAGGCGCUGGAAAUAAUGUAAAUCCCACGCCCACGACAGAUGGACCUGAUCAAUCUCGCAUUGAUCCUGCUUUGGCACAAUAUGGUUCAUUCUAUGGUGAAGCUAACUUCCCAGUGCCUUCAUCACAGGCAUAUCCAAAACCUAGUGGUAACGUCGAUCAUUCUUAUCCUCCUCCUCCUCCACAGCUACAGCCUUCUCCUGGCUACCCUCAGCCCGCACCUUCAACAAGCUCGCCCAGUUAUCCACCCCAUAUCCAGCAAAACGUUGGCUAUCCUCCUCCUGCGGGCUACCCUCAACCUCCUACAUCUCCUUCACACUUUCCUGAGCCUUUUCCUGGCUCUUCUGGCCAUCAAGGACAGAGCAAUAUCUCUGCUUACCCACCGCCUUCAUCUAUGCCAGGCUACCCUCCUUCUGGAAACUAUCCACAAGCACCUCCAUCCGCGUCAAAUUAUAUGAACGCCCCGCCUUCUUAUCCUAACAACACAGGCUACCCACCAGCUUCAUUUUCCCCUAACCCUUCAAAUGCUGGAUAUCCUCCUCCACCAAAUGCCUAUCCUCCACCUUCAAACGAUAACAAGCCUCCAGAACACCAGUAUGGCUACCCACCCUAUCCACAAUAA